CUUCCUCCCACCUGCCUCCAUCUUCCUCUAUCUAUCAACCCUUUACCUCUCAGAUGCCUUUACCCGAGAGACUUCCCGGCUGCAAGGACCUUCUCAGCCUCUGCGAUAAAUACCCCAGACCCACCUUCAUUCGAACCGAAAUCCCCCCAAUCUCACUGCCUCCGCCCUGGACUUCCAUCCAACUAUCAGACGAAAAGCAUCACCCUCGGGGGGCAACUCGCAUCCGCAUCGGUAGACCAGAGACUCGGGAAAGCACUCGCCGGAAUGAAAUCCCGAAACUCAGCAGAACCAAGACCAGAAAACGCAGGGACACCUUCGACAGGGAGGAGCAACGCAAGGCGAAAUUGGUGAACGAUCCUUGGAGUGAUAAAUCACGCCUCACGCCCAAAAGUGUUUUCUGCCUUGGAUGCAUGCGGAAUAUCAAGUUGGAUAGGCGGAAUGAUUACUAUCCCGGUUUGUGGUUGAAGCAUCGUGGUCUUUGUCAUGGAAUUGCGAGAGCAAAAGCUAGAGCGAGGAGGAAUUCGGAUAUCACGGAUUCGGGGGCUUCGGAGGUCAGUGUCCCAUUGACCCACUUGAAGAGCGAGGAAAUUAGUGAUUCAGACGAUUCGGACUCGUCCAUGGAGCGUCCGAUGGACGACGAGCAAGCUGCUCGUAUUCUUAUUGAGUUGAUGGCCGCCGGACGCAAACGUUUUGAUGACUCUUGAAGCUUGACUCUUCGGAUUCCUGCUCAGCUAGAGCGCACACUUGACGAGUCCCACGAUUAUUUUUUCCUUCUUUUACGCUUUUCACGCUUUUCUUCUUCUGUUGUCUAUCUGAUAUCCUUACUCUUCUGUGACCUUCGUCAUUUUACCCCUUUUUCAAAUCGUUUGAGCUGCCUGAACAUGAUAUCCUUACUUUUUUAUAACCUUCGGCGAUGUAUGAUACGGA